CAAUUUAUGAUGUGCGAAUCGCUCAUUGUGUUGUUGUCAUUUUCUUCCUAACCUUGCGAGCCGCCUGGUGCCAUAUAUCCACAACGGACGAACAGGUUGGGCAAUUUUCCGCCAAAAGAAGGAGCACAUUACUCAUACUCUCCGCAUUUCUAUUUCUUGGAUGAGACCGGUGGGCCCAAGCCGGGGGGUGUUUGGCAGGGCCCGCGGUCUCGAUUUCAAUAACGGACCGUGGCUCCUGAGCGCACUUUUUUCCUUUGUAAAGCACCCUUUUUCUACUCUUUGUCCAAGCUGGUGUGUUCCUGGCUCCUUGCAAAACAGCAAAAUUCUCUCCAUGAUCUGCGCGUGCUGUUUUCUCGGCUACGUUCUCAUUACUGCGCUAGCUGGCGUUAUUGUCCAUAUCUACUACAAGGUAAACGCCCAGUUGGGGGAGGACAGACAGCAGCGACUUUUUUGCCCAAGGGGCCACAUCCCGUUUCCACACGCAUUAUCCAGCGGUCUGCCUCUUUUACGUCAGUGCAACUGCUAGCGUACAACAAACAUAAUUAUGCUGGGAUCCAUUCGGAAAUUCGGUCUCGGACCGACAGGCAGACCGGCUUGUUGUCCAGGAUAAAAAAGGGGGAGAUGCAAUACCACGAGAACCAAAGUCGAAGAAUGGGCAGCUUUGGUCCCUCGUUCUGAAGUAUUUUAUUUGCUCUGCCG